UGUCCUCCUCUUGCUGUUAAUUGUUGAUGCUGCUCUCAGCGUCUCUCGCAUGUUGAUCAGGGUUCAUCUCCAGUCUCCUCUGAUAUCUGUUCGCUUGGAUCUACACCAUGAUCAGCACCGAGAGUGUUCUGGAGAGUGGAGACCAGCCUUGCAUCCGGCUGGAGCCCCUGAAUAACACACACCUACCGGGCAAGGCGACGCCGAGCCGUGGCAGCCCGUCUGUCUUCGGGGACAUCGGGCCUAAAGUGACAGCCAACGGGGUGCAUGAUAUAGAGGACCGGAUUUUGAGGAUCACCGGCUACUAUGGCUACUACCCAGGAUACUCCAGUCAUAGAAGAGAGGAAGGGUCUGAGUCCCAUGCAGAGACACCUGUCAGCGAGACCAGCGGAGAGAGCCCGUCCUACCAGACAUGUGCCAACACAGCCCUGAAAGUGCUAGGGGGUCUGCUGGUGGUCCUCUGUGUCUCCUCCUCCUGGGUGGGCACCACUCAGGUGGUCAAGCUGACCUUCCAGUCCUUUUCCUGUCCUUUCUUCAUCUCCUGGUUCAGCAGCAACUGGAACAUCCUUUUCUUCCCCAUCUACUACUCCGGACAUGUGGUUACCACACGGGAGAAACAGACUCCCAUCCAGAAAUUUCGGGAGUGUAGCAAGCUCUUUGGGGAGGAUGGGAUGACUCUGAAACUCUUCCUGAAGAGGACGGCGCCUUUUUCAAUCCUGUGGACCCUGACAAACUACCUGUACCUUCUGGCUUUGAAGAAGCUGACUGCCACCGAUGUCUCUGCCCUCUACUGCUGCCACAAGGCCUUCGUCUUUCUCCUGUCCUGGAUCGUGCUCAAGGACCGCUUCAUGGGUGUCCGGAUUGUGGCUGCCAUAAUGGCCAUCACAGGUAUCGUCAUGAUGGCUUAUGCCGACGGUUUCCAUGGCGAUUCCUUCGUAGGCGUGGCUUUGGCCGUGGGCUCUGCCUCCACAUCUGCUCUCUACAAGGUACUGUUUAAGAUGUUCCUGGGCAGUGCCAACCUGGGCGAGGUGGCUCAUUUCCUUUCCACUAUGGGUUUUUUCAACCUCAUCUUCAUCUCCUGUGUGCCCCUCAUCCUCUACUUCACCAAGGUGGAGCACUGGGGGUCACUGUCCUCACUGCCCUGGGGAUACCUGUGUGGACUGGCAGGACUCUGGCUCGUGUUCAACAUCUUGGUUAACGUUGGUGUGGUGCUGACCUACCCCAUUCUCAUCUCCAUAGGAACACUGCUCAGUGUGCCAGGCAAUGCAGCUGUAGAUGUCCUGAAACACGAGGUGAUCUUUAGUGUGGUGCGUCUGGCAGCCACCUGCAUCAUCUGCCUGGGCUUCCUGCUCCUGCUGCUGCCAGAGGAGUGGGACUCAGUUACACUGCGCUUCCUGGCAACCAUCGCAGACAAGAAGUCGGAGGAACACGGCGAGGAGCUGACAGAGUCCAGCGUCCACACCCGCAGCCGCAGUCGAGCCAACGGCACCGUUUCCAUCCCGCUGGCAUGACUUAGGGCCUCCGUUACAGCCUCCAUUAUCCUGUCUCCAAGCUGUGUCCUCUCAUGUUUCUCCACCACCCACCACGGAGGUGUGGCGAGAUGACCAGUCCAAGUGGACUAGAAGAGCUCUAUCAGGAAGACAGGAAGUAUUAUCUUGAACUGUACUGAUUUAUUUUGGAGAUGCGACACCAUCUCUGUCACAUACCUGCAGGAGGGCAAAAGAGAACACUGAUGGAUUUUGCUAACUGAGAGGGUGGAAAGUGUUAUUUACUUUCUUGAACUCCUUGCCAUGCCCAAUCUUGUCCCUCGCACGCACCUAGACCACAAAGAGCUGACUGGCCUCCCCUGAGCUGCUCUGCGGACUGUAUUCUGUGAAUAUAAAUAUCGGCAGGGCCAGUUUGGCUCAAUCUUAUCUGUAUUUAUUGAAUUUAUUUAGAGUUGUAUCAAUAAGAGUAUUUACAUUUUAUGUCUUAUUAAACAGUAUUAUAUACAAGAAUGGCAAAUAUACAAUGCGUAAUGUAC